CCGCCCUCUACGCAACGCGCGGCACCGCCUUCCCUGACGCUUGGGGCGGGGCCUGGUGGCUCGCGCAGACGCAGCGAGGCACGCAGCGAGCGGACCGGAAGUGGGGGUGUGAGGGCCUCUUGGAGAGGCCUUGGACUAUGGCCAAUUCCUGAUGAUCAGUCACCCUUGAGGAGAGACCCAACACAAAUCCCAACAUCCUGCUGUCCUGCAGAGAGGAGACAGGUUGCCCCUACGGAGGAAAGUAGUAGGCAGGCACCACUCCCGGCUCAUCUCUGCUGAGCCAGGAGGUUGGUCUGACUCAAGCCUGGUGCUUGCUUCCCUGCCUUCUCUGGGGGCCUGGGCCUCAGAGGGAAUGAGGUCAGUGGGCUGCUAGCCUGCUCCCAAGGCACAUGGGACGGGAGCCAUGUCCUCAUCCAAACGGACAGAGGGCAAGGGCUACCGGGAGCCCAAGAGCUCCAGACAGUGGGACUGGGGCUGUCCAGAGACUCGGAGCCAACUGGAGGAGAUUUUCUUUGGGGACCAGGAUGUCAUCCGCCGGGGUUCAGAGGACUGCCGCAAGUUCUGGGCCUUUUUCGAACGCCUGCAGACCUUCCAGAGAUCUAAGGCAGGCCUGGAGGCCAAGAGGCCAACCGAGGCUCAGGCCCCACCGCGACCCAGAGGCACAGCCCUGGCUGACCUCCCUGCCACCUAUGACCCUCGCUACCGCAUCAAUCUGGCCUUGCUGAGCGGCAAGGGAGAGCCAGUCAGUGAACUGAGAGGGAGCCGCAGCCAGCUGCCCCACGACCGGCUGGCAGAAUUCCGCCGGGCUGUCCUGCACUACCUAGACUUUGGGCAGAAGCAGGCUUUUGGGAAGCUGGCCAAGCUGCAGCGGGAGCGGGCGGCCCUGCCCAUGGCCCGAUAUGGGCGGCACCUGCUGCAGGCCCUCCAGGAACACCAGGUGGUGGUCGUGGCUGGGGACACGGGCUGUGGCAAGUCCACACAGGUGCCCCAGUACCUGCUGGCUGCCGGCUUCAGCCACGUGGCCUGCACCCAGCCCCGGAGAAUCGCAUGCAUCUCUCUCGCCAAGCGUGUUAGCUUUGAGAGCCUCAGCCAGUAUGGAUCCCAGGUGGGCUACCAGAUCCGCUUUGAGAGCACGCGUUCUCCAGCCACUAAGAUCGUGUUCCUGACAGAGGGCCUCCUGCUGCGGCAGAUCCAGCGCGAGCCAGGCCUGCCCCAGUAUCAGGUGCUCAUUGUGGAUGAGGUCCACGAGCGCCACCUCCACAGCGACUUCCUGCUGGGUGUCCUGCGACGCCUGCUGCCCGCCCGCCCAGACCUCAAGCUCAUCCUCAUGUCGGCCACCAUCAACAUCAGCCUCUUCUCCAGCUAUUUUGGCCAUGCGCCGGUGGUGCAGGUGCCCGGGAGGCUGUUCCCCAUCACGGUCAUCUACCAGCCAGUGCCAAAGGAGGAAGCGCCAACGUCCAAGUCAGAGAAGCUGGACCCGAGGCCAUUCUUACGUGUGCUGCAGGCCAUUGACCACAAGUACCCGCCGGAGGAGCGAGGUGACCUGCUGGUGUUCCUCAGUGGCAUGGCUGAGAUCAGUGCAGUGCUCGAGGCCUUCCAGCCAUAUGCUGCCCACACCAAACGCUGGGUGGUACUGCCCCUGCACAGUGCCCUCUCCAUCACGGACCAGGACAAGGUAUUUGAUGUGGCUCCUCCUGGGGUACGAAAAUGUAUCCUGUCUACCAACAUCGCAGAAACCUCAGUGACCAUCGAUGGCGUCCGAUUUGUGUUGGAUUCUGGUAAAGUGAAGGAGAUGAGCUUUGACCCCAAGGCCAAGCUACAGCGGCUGCAGGAGUUCUGGAUCAGUAGGGCCAGUGCUGAGCAGAGGAAGGGCCGAGCUGGCCGCACGGGGCCUGGUGUGUGCUAUCGUCUAUAUGCAGAAUCCGACUAUGACGACUUUGCUCCCUACCCUGUCCCAGAGAUCCAGAGAGUGGCCCUGGAUGCUUUGGUACUGCAGAUGAAGAGUAUGGGGCUAGGGGACCCCCGAAACUUCCCCUUCAUUGAGCCUCCGCCUGCUGCCAGCCUGGAAACAGCCAUUGUCUACCUGCGGGACCAAGGUGCCCUGGAUGCCUCGGAGAACCUCACGCCCAUAGGGACCCUGCUCUCUGAGCUUCCUGUGGACGUGGUGAUAGGGAAGAUCUUGAUCCUGGGCUGCCUCUUUGACCUGGUGGAGCCCGUGCUGACCAUGGCAGCGGCCCUGAGCGUCCAGUCCCCCUUUGUGCGAAGCGCUCAGAGCAACCUGGAUUGUGGCACAGCCCGGAAGCCCCUGGAGAGUGACCAUGGGGACCCCUUCACCCUGCUCAAUGCCUUCAAUGCGUGGGUGCAGGUGAAAUCAGACCGGAGCGCCAACUCCAGGAAGUGGUGCCGCCGCCGGGGCCUCGAGGAGCACCGCAUGUAUGAGAUCGCCAACCUGCGCCGGCAGUUCAAGGGGCUGCUGCAGGACCACGGACUGCUGGCCGAGGCCAGGCCGGCCCCAGCGGACAGCUACAGCCGCCAGCAGCAGCACCGCCAACGCCGGGAAUUGUACCAGCUGAAGCGGGAGCAUGAGGAGUCUGAGGGCCGCAAGCGGAAGGUCCUGCGGCUCGAGGCCCUGGAGGGCGGCUCGUCCAGCGAUGAGGACGCAGAGGCGUCACGGGCCAGGGAAGGUGCCCACGCUGUGGACAUCCAGGAUGUCAAGUUCAAACUUCGACAUGACAUGGGUCAGCUCCAGGCUGCGGCCAGCUCUGCCCAGGACCUGUCCCGGGACCAGCUGGCCCUGCUGAAGCUCGUGCUGGGCCGAGGUCUCUACCCCCAGCUGGCCACCCCGGACCAGUUCAAUGGCUGCCGCAAGGACUCGGACCAGUUCUUCCACACUCAGAGCAAGCAGGGGGCCGUGCUUCACCCGACCUCGGUCUUUGCCAGCAACCCCGACCUGCUACAGGGAGGCCAGACGGAGGCCCGGGAGAAGGGCAGAGAUUCCAAGGAUGGGCUGAGCAGCCGGCACCAACUGCUGGCCUUCGUCUCUCUUCUGGAGACCAACAAGCCCUACCUGGUGAGCUGUGUGCGCCUCCCGGCCCUGCAGGCUGUCCUGCUUUUUAGCCGAAGCCUGGACACAAAUGGUGACUGCUCCCGCCUGGUGGCAGAUGGCUGGCUGGAGUUCCGGCUGGAAAGCAGUGAGAGGGCCACACAGCUCCUGUCAACGGCUCUGCGCCUCCGGGCCCGCUGGGAAGAGGCCUUGGACCGGCAGCUGGCCCGCCAGGCCCAGCCACGCAGUGAGGAGAGGGCAGCCAUGGCCCUCAAGGCGGAGAGGAAGGUGGCAGCAGCCUUGGGCCGGGACCUGCUGGACUUCAUGAGAUCCAAGGUGUCCUACAGCACCCACAGGCUGACUGCUCUAGAGGCUCAGAACCUCUACGUGGGACCCCAGACCGUCCCAGCUGCCCCCCAGCUCUCAGCUGUGUUUGGGGAGACGGCCAUGAGCCCUCACGACACCAAGGGUGGCUACACUGUCACCAGCUUCCUUACCUACAACUGCCUCAUGAGCGACACAGACUUGUACAGUGACUGCCUGCGCACCUUCUGGAGCUGCCCCCACUGCUCCCUGUAUAUGCCCUUCACCCCCAUGGAGCGGAUGUGCCACGAGAACACCUGCCAGGCUGCCCCCGACCAGGCUGCCCCCGGGGCCAGUGAUGAGGAGGCUGAAUCUAGCCGCCAGGCAUCAGCCCUGCAGAGAACCUACCACUGUGAGCUCUGCCAGAAGGACUUGCUGCUCACACCCACGGAGAUCCUUCGUCACCGCAAGCAGCACCUGUGAUGGGGCUGGAAACGAGCGGCCCAGCCAGGACCCACGGCUGGUGUUAGGAGGUUAAAGAUACUGUCUGGCUGCCUGUAGGGCCAGCCAUGUCAGCUGUGGGGUUUUGUCUUCUGGGGUUGGGGCAGAACCUGGGCCAUAACUGGGCUUGCGGCCCCUUGUCUCAGGGCUUUCCCUCCAGACCCCGAGAUUCUCUGCCAAGAAAUGAGUGGUUUGGGGAAGGGAGACAGUCCUCCCUCAGCAGUCAUCACUGCCCGACUGCCUUCCGCUGAGAGCUUCCCUGGCCGCCAUCUUGUGUCCGCAGCCAUGUCCAGGGCUCCUGGAGAAGUCGAGAGAUGAGACCCAGAGCUGCCCUAUUCUGUCUCCUCCGAGCUGUAGCUGAGGAUGGCCAGCUGGCACGAUUCUGAGAGCGAGCCGGGAUCUCCAGGCACCAGCAUGGCUGCUCUCAGAACGAGUCUUCAGAGGGGAAUCUCACUUCCUGUCCUGACCUGUCCUUUCCUUUCCCUGGUAGAUGAGGGCAAGACUCAGAUAAGAAUUUCCUGACGCUGAGUAUUGGCAGCUUUUCGUGCUGCACUUGGGAGAAGAUGCCCAGAUUAGAUGUAUGCGAGGGGAAUUGUUGAAUGGCUGAACGGAGGGAGAGAGGGUGCUAAUGGAGGGCUCUGAGGAUUUGCAUUUGGCUGUGACCUAUUUAACAUCCUUUAUCAAUUCCUGAAUAAUUAAAAAAAAAAAACCUUAGAAACCGAUCACAUGCUAUUCACAGCUAUGAGCAGGGAAUGAAUUCUUAAAAGAUAAGAUAAUUCCAUUUAUGUGAAAUUGAAAAACUUUUACCUGAACAAAAUGAAUGCAUUGAGAAGAAGAAGGGAAGAGAUUGAUGGGAAAAAUCUUUGUAUUGCAUCUCUUUAAUAAAAUUGUAGUAUUUUCCUCUUUUCAA